AUGAAACCAUCCUUCGCCAUUUUCCUUCUUUUUGUGGCAUUUCCCUUGUGCCUUUGCGCCAAGUCUUAUGAGAACUACAAGGUUUAUCAAGUGAAUCCAGUUAAGGAAGAUGACCUGAAAGUUCUCAUUCCAUGGACUGAGAAGGAGAAUGUUGACUUCUGGGACACCAGCAAUCAACCCAGGAUAAUGAUCAGUCCAACAGGUCAAGCGGAGUUUGAGGAGUUUCUCACUGAGAACAAUUUGCCAUUCACCACGAUCAUUGAAAAUGUUCAAGAGACGAUCGAUCGGGAACGCUUGGAGCAGAUGGAAUACUUGGUAAAGAAGCGCAUUUCACCUCGUCACACGGAUGAUUUUCAGCACUUCUGGAGCUAUGACGAGAUCAACGCUUAUGUUCGUCAAAUGGCACAAUCUAAUCCGACUUACGUGACUCUGCUAACUCUUGGACAGAGCUUUGAGAAUCGUGAAAUCCUGGGACUGAGGAUCACAGCUCCUGGAGAUGACUCUCAAAGACCAAUCAUCUAUGUCGAUGCCACAAUUCAUGCCCGCGAAUGGAUCGCGCCAAUGGUUGCAGUUUACCUCAUUCACGAACUCGCUGAGCACACAGCCGAUCAUCUCGCUGUGUUGGAAAAUGUGGUGUGGAUAAUUCAGCCUCUGGUGAAUCCCGAUGGUUACGUGUUCACAUCUGCGGACGAUGGCGACAGAUUCUGGCGAAAGACCCGCACGGUCAAUGAGGGAACAGAAUGUUUGGGAGUUGAUGCGAACAGAAACUACGAUCACUACUGGGCCAAUGGUCAAGGAGCAGGAGUUUGCACACUGACUUAUGCUGGCACAGCUCCGUUUUCCGUUGCUGAGAGUCGCAUUGUGCGGGAUGUUGUGCUGCAAAAUGUGGAUCGCAUGAAGCUCUAUGUCAGCACGCAUUCCUAUGGAUCGCUCUUCAUGUAUCCUUUCAGUUCCCACUCAAAUAUCUUCCCGGAGAACUACCGUUUUCAGCAUGAGGCAGGAGACGUCUUCGCCGAGGCCUUGUUCGGUGUCAACGAAACGCCUUACAGAGUUGGGAACGGAGCAGGAAUCCUGGGCAUCUCCUCGGGCACCAGCAAGGACUGGGUCUACUCAGGACCGGGCGUUCCUCUGUCCUACACCCUCGAGCUGCCUCGGGGCGGCACACAGGGCUUCGACCCUCCAGCCACUGCCAUCGAGGGUGUCGUCACAGAAACCUUCGCGGGGCUGCGCGCUAUCGCCGAGUUCGUCAUUGAGCGCUACUAUCCGCUAUCGAACUAA